GACGUCGCGCGGACCGCGCGCAUGGCGACGUUCGGGCUGCUGUGGCACGGGCCGAGCGGCCACUACUUCUACGGCUUCCUCGACCGCAUGCUGCCCGGCACGUCCAUGCAGACCGUGUUCCAGAAGGUGGGCAUCGACCAGAUCGCCUGGAACCCCAUCUUCGGCGUCGUCUUCUUCACGUCGUUGGGACUCAUGGAGGGCAAGUCGACGGACCAGAUCCAGGACAAGAUCAAGGCGGACCUGCCCACGGCCGUGACGGGGUCCUGGGCCUACUGGGUCCCGGCCCACUUCGUCAACUUCCGCUUCAUCCCCGGCGAGCAGCGCCUCCUCUACAUCAACGGCGCGCGCCCGCGCCGCCGCUCUUUUUCGCGCGCGCCGCGCCGCGCGACGCGCCCCGCCGCAGGCAUGCAGAUCAUGUACAACAUCUUCCUCUCGUUCCUCGGCAACAAGGACGCGCCCAAGGACGCCAAGUAG